AUGGAUCCCAUUGACACAGUAUAUGUCCAAGAAGAAGAUAUUUUCAGUGAAGAUGUAUCAAAACUGAAGCUAGAGGUCGAAAAAUCCAACAAGACGGAGGAAACAUUUGAAAAUUUGGAACAGGAGAUUGAUAAAGCAUAUGGAGCAGUUGAAUCCAAAUUUCAACAACUUUGGAAAGAGAACGCAGGAGUUCUUCAAGAUAAGUAUCACUUGGAAGAGCAUAAACAAAGCUUGAUUAAUCAAUUGAAUGUAUUGAGGGCAAACGUUGGUGAAAACAAAAAUGUACAAUCUGUUGGCGAGAGCUUGAGAGAGUUUCAAGAGCAAUUAAAGCAAUCAAACCUUGAGCAGCGAUUGCAUUUGAAUGAGUUGAGAAAGGCAGCUAGCAGUGCAUUGGAUGGUUUAGACUCUAGGUUGGAAGCUGUUGAAAACAAGGCCAGUGAGUACGUUACCAAUUUCACCUCGUUUUUGUCCAACAUAGUGUCUGUAAAGCCGGAGCCCAAAUCAGAAGAAAAAGAGGUUCUUUACAGUUCGCCCUUAUACACUCAAUAUGGAGCAACUAGAUAUGACAACGAUUUGCUCAAGUUGCACACCACCAAGGAAUUCUACACCGAUGAUACCAUUGACAACGAAGAGGAAAUAAGCAAUUUCAACUCGGACUCCAAGACCUCCGAAAUUGAAGCUCUUUUGAAAAAGUAUCCUGAAACUUUGGAAGAAACAAUGAAUGAGCUCGUGCCAGUGAAGGUAAGUUAUAACACGUUUUGGUACCGAUAUUUCAAGAAUGAAGGAAAAUUGAAAGAUCUAGACAAACAAAGGAAGGAAUUGCUACAAAAGGAAAAGAAAGGUGAGACGGCAGAAAAGGCUAGAGAUAAGGAUGAAGAUGAUUUUACUUGGGAUGAUGAAGAUGAAGAGGCACCUGUAAAGGUGAGCAAACCCAAGCAACUGCAGCCUCAUACUAAAGUCUCAGAGGAAGACACCAACAAAGAUAAAGGGGAUGCCUACGGGGAUGAGGAUGAGGAUGAGGAUGAGGAUGAGGAUGACUGGGAAUGA